AUGAAGGUCACCAACGUCAUUCUGCCUCUCCUCGCCUCUCAGGCGGCGGCUCAGGUCAUCGAUAUCCAGAUUGGUGACACUGCGGCGCUUGGUCUUAUGCGACAGGCCGCUCAAGCCGAAAAGGAUGGUGACCAUGCUCGCGCUGCCGACCUUAGAGAGCUAUUGAGCAAAUCGCGUAGUCCUUCCCGAGAUAGAACUCAGUGGAAGACUGAGUGUUCCGUCAGCUCCACCAUCAAUGCAGAGAUUUACGUCGUUCCCGACCCUUCACGCGCUCCCAAAGAGAUCGCCUGGGCGAUGGAUUACCUCGACAAGUACUGGACAACCGAUGAUGGUGGUGAACUUCCCUAUCCCGGCGAUUUCGAUCGUUUUAUGCACUCCGACGGCUUCAGAAUUCUUCGCACCGAUUACAAGGAUCUGCCCUGGACUGUUCGCAAUUACCGAGAGGAGCUUCUCAAAGAAGGUACCAAAAUGGAGCGCAAGUUUAUUGCCGAGUUGGACGGAGUAGCCUUCUUUGCGCCUGGCGUUGUGACUUGGUUGGCACCUCUGUUUGCAGGAAGCGAUGUCAAGCCUGGACAGAAUGCUUGCGACGACGAAAUUGUUGACUUUAGCAACUGGGAUAAGAAGAAGUCUGGGUCUGAGGAUGUUAACUUCUCAUUCAACUAUGGUGGUAAGAUGCAAGUUGGAAACUCCAUUGCCAUUCAAGUGAACGCAAAGAAGUCUGUGAAACAAGAGCCUGCUGGAAAGACGGAGGAGGCGAUCAACAAGACAGUUGAGGACGAGGACGACGCUGCUGAGCUGUAA